CAUAAUAAAAAUGGCUCUUUUGCCGUGACUACGCGCCUCUCUUUCACUGCUCGCUACUUUGUGCCUCUUGGUAACGACGCUUUUCUGCUUCACCCCCACAACUCUCGCUUUCCCCUCCGUGAUCAUCGGGAAGGGGGCAUGACGACGGAUUGGGAGCCGUGGCCGGCCCUCCAGCGCAAGAGCAACCACGUCGUCGUCAAACUCCUCGUCCUCGCCAUCCUCGCCGGCCUCUCCUUCCGCCUCCUCUUCUCCCGCUCCGACGUGUUGCAUCCCGUGCCGGUGUCGCCUGCCGACGAGGCCGAGAGAGAAGCAUCUGCGGAAUCUAUGGCGGCCGAUGUCCUCGGUCUUGAAGACGACGACGGAGGAUCAUUAUCUACGAACUUAGGCUUCUCAGUUGAUGAAGAACAAGUUGUUUCUAAACCAGAUAGGUGUGAUCUUUUUACUGGGCAAUGGAUCCCAAAUCCUUCAGGACCUACAUACACAAAUGAAAGCUGCCGUUUUAUAGAACCUCCUCAAAACUGUAUGAAGAAUGGGCGCCAUGACACCGGGUAUCUAUUUUGGAGGUGGAAACCACAUGAUUGUGAUGUAUCUCCAUUCAACGCGAAGAGGUUUUUGGACACUAUGCAGAACAAAAGCUGGGCACUAGUUGGUGAUUCAAUUGUUCGCAACCAAGCACAGUCGUUGAUUUGUCUUCUCUCAAAGGUUGAAGAACCAGUUGAGGUCUACCAUGAUGAACAAUACAAAUCAAGAAAAUGGCACUUUCCCUCUUACAGCUUCAAUCUCUCGCUCAUCUGGAGCCCAUUCCUCAUCAAAGCAGCUAUUUUCGAAAACGACGAGGGCGAAUCAAAGUCUGUAAAUAGACUCCAUCUUGAUACUCUUGAUCAGAAGUGGACAAGUCAAUAUAAAAGCUUUGACUAUGUUGUCAUAUCUAGUGGGCAGUGGUUUCUAAAAACUGCAAUUUAUAUGGAGAAUAAUAAACUAGUUGGCUGCCACUAUUGCCCUAAGCUCAAUUUAUCAGAAAUUAGUAUUGAGUAUGCUUAUAACAAAGUCCUUAAUUCUCUCUAUCGUUUCAUCAAAACUUCCGAGCACAAACCAAUUGUUAUGUAUAGGACAUGGACACCAGAUCACUUUGAAUAUGGUGAGUGGUUUAGUGGUGGGCUUUGUAACAGGACUGAACCAUACAAAGCAGGAGAGGGCAGUGGCAGAGAUGUUGACAACUUCAUGAGAACAAUCGAGCUAAAUGCUUUCACCAGGGCAGUGGCAGCUGAAGGAACACGCAAUGGGAUACGCUUGAAACUCUUGGACACUUAUCAACUCUCAGUGCUUAGGCCUGAUGCACACACAGGUCCUUACAGGACUUUCCAUCCAUUUGAGCAUGGAAAGAAUGUGAAAGUUCAGUAUGAUUGCCUGCAUUGGUGCUUGCCUGGAGCUAUUGAUACUUGGAAUGAUGUGAUGAUGAAACUCAUAAUGGACGAGUGAAUCUCACUUGCAGCUUUACUUGGUUGAAGCAUUACGUUGUUGGGAUUUUACACUGUUAAGAUUGAAUUGCUGCAAAACAUGGCAGGAUUCUCAAAUUACCGUUGCAACAUCCUGUUGCCUGUAGAUGAUUGGUAUUAUGACCAAUGUGGUAAUUGUAAUGGUAUUUAUACCUUGUAAAGUUUGGAUCCUGAACCAAAAGUUCUAUCAUCUAUGUAUACCUUAUACGAGCUCUUCCAGGGAUCAUGAGUAGUAGUUAUUCCAUGUUUUCCCUUAUGAAUCUUUUCUUCCAAAAGAUUCUAUAUAUAUUUAUAUGCGAUAUUUUGGAUCUUAAUGAAUGAUACAUAAGAGUAUUUACAAUAUUAAUGUUUUUUUAACGCUCU